AUGGAUUCCAAAGCAAUCACCGUCUGUGAAUUGCUCCAAUCGUUACCUUGCAAGAUGACACCAAAGUCGUUCUUGCUGCACUUCUUACAAUCUGAUAACUCUGAUUUAGCCUACCGGCGGCGCUAUUGGGCAGAGUCGGCCGUUGACUCAACACUCGUCUUGGUCGAGGCAAUUGCGGAGGAAUUGAAGAGUUCGGCUACUGGACGGAAUGUGUGGGCCAAAUUUAUUGAACAAGAGGCCAUCAAGUUAUUAGCAAGUCAACAACCUCCCAAAGGGAAUCAUCCUGUUGGGGCCUUUCAGAGUUCAACAACGGUCACAAGGGAGUACCUCGGCCCAGAUGAGAAGGAGAAGCGCGAGGGGCUGCUUACUUCGACUCAUAUGCCGUUCUUGUACAACAUCCUGGUGGGAUCUCUUCAUCAUCAGCGCGGGCGGUGCAACUCGCCCGAGAGCGACGACGAGCUCGAGGAUGAGUACCUGACGGAAGCUGAUGAGGGUGACAUGCCAAUUGACCUUGAUGUGGUUGCAUACACCCGACGUUUGACUGGGGAGGCCAGGGUGACCUUUAGGUAUCAUCGCAUUGUCACGACAGUCUGUUCGAUGAUGUGUUUUGCCUCUAACCGACGGGCCAAUGGCCUCCAGUUGGUCAAUGGGGUUCGUUUCUUGGCUUGUGGCAUGUCGGAGCGAGUCCAUGAUUACAUGAAUUUCAUUGGACUGGCUUCAUCCCGAUGGACGGCACUUGCGGCUUUGGGAACGUUGGCUAAAGAGGCUCAGUCUAACUUAAAAUUGGCUAUGGCGGGGACCGACGACAACCCUGUUGGUCCCUCAAUUUGUAUCGAUAAUAUUGACAUGGUCGAGAAGGUCCAUGCUUUGUCUGUUGGGAAUCGGACUCAUACGUUCCGUGGGACGUGGGGCUACAUCCACUUACCCGACCCUAAGCUGCUCAAAAGACUCAAACACGAUGAUUUAUCGCUACCCGCUUACUACGAGGCGAUGCGCCUGGCUCAAGAUGUUCCAAUUGAGCCGGAGUACUUCCUUCCCACCACUGAAUCAAACAUAGUUGAGGAGGCCGUAUGGAAGUCGCAAAUUGCGUCAGUGAUGGUAAAGUAUAUUGCAGUGCCGUCCGAUAAAUCCUCUUCUGUGCCUACCGAUCCACCAGUUGUCGAUCAGAUUAGCCACGAGAAACCGGUGAUUCACACGUUGAAACUGAUGGAUGCCUCAGACAACUGUGCCGAGGGAGUUGGCCAGGUAUUCCAGUCGAUCAUCAGCCAAACCGGGAUACCUGCGGAGAAGUUUUACGGACGUCUUCAGCCUAUGGAUGGGGACCUGGGGACCGUGCAGAAUUUCAACUGCCUACGCUCGCAGCGGUUCCCCAAUCCUUUUGCCGUAGAGAAGAUGAAUAAUUGUGUCUUUCAGCUGGGUGCGGCACAUACGUUGUGGAAUGUUGCAUCCACAAUCUUUACACAUCAUUUUGGUGAUGCGAAAAAGUCUUCUAACUGUGGCGCAUGGCAAUUCCUUGAGGCAUUGGGCUUCCCAUCGGAGAAGGCAAUCCAGAAGAAGGAUUUCACGCUUAUGAUCAACCAGAUGGAGCGGGUCCUUGAGGGGAUAUUAUUCUAUUGCUUACGUGUCAUCAUGAAGACCAAUCGCCAGCCUAUACCUCAAGAGGUGGGCACUAUCCCAACGGAUGCCUGGAACAAAAUAGUCGACUCCUGCUAUUCAAGGUUCUGUUCGUCCCAAGCCCGACGCGAUGCAGCUACUAGGGAUUGCCCAAAAUUGCACAAUACCCUGGUUAUGCUUCAUGACUUCUCAAGUGUAGUUGAAGCAAGCCGAUCAAUGAAAGCUGGGGAUAUAGGAAGGCUGCUCAUUGUAUGGAAAAAAUGGUGCCUGAUGUCUCAAUCACUAUCUGGGAUGACGAACUACUCGUCUUACUUGCCGCGGAUGGUGCUUCUCCUGACAGUAAUCUUGCCGGUGUCCAUGCAGAAGUUUAUGCAGCACAACUUAUUGUUCUCCCCAUCGGGCCGGAAAAAUCACUUUGUGGCUAAGGAUUAUCAUUUAGAAACAUUCAAUGCAUGGUUGAAAUUCUUCUAUAAUAACACUGGUAAUGGAACUCAGAUUGAGCGGCUCAAGGAAGUGUAUAGUCUAAAUAUUGAGACUGUAAGUCAUUCCUCAAAGAAGUGA